AGUAAUUAGUUUCUCUCUCCUAAACUCUUUCUCUCUCUUCUCUCCUAUGAAUAGUCUGCCCCAAUCUCAAUUCUCCCCUCUCUUUUUCUCUCCGCCUCACUCUCCCCACAAAUCUCUCUCUCUCCCCUCCACAGGCAUCCACUUGUUAGCCCACCAGGCUUUGGAUCUGUUGUGAACGUGAAAAAAGAAGAUGAAUAUGUAUGCUUAUCAACAGAAGGCCUUGGUGGGUUGUGUUGGAGUUGGAGAAACAGGGAGAGCAGACAUUUCUGUGUCUAACGGUGUCGUUUGUCCCAAGCCCCGUAAGCUUGGGUUCUUCGAUUCUUACUCUGUUCAUGUUGAAGAACCCAUCAGACCUUAUCAACUGAUGCAAUUUAUAAAUGAAGAAAUGGAGGCUUGUGAGUUGAAAGCUGGAGCUGAGCUGCUGGAUACCAUCCUCACAAAGGGGAGCUAUGAAGUUGAUAGAGCCAAUUUUGAGGUCGAUUCAUCUCCACCGUUCUUUUAUGGAUCUCCACCCAGUAGGGCUGGGAAUCCCCUGAUCCAAGAUGCCCAAUUUGGCAACCACAAUUUUGUUCCCAUACUGCCAAUCCCAGAAAGAGCAGUGGCACCCUCACCACCACCACCCUCCUCCUCCACCAUCAUGAGCGGAGGAGGCUGUGUUCGAGUGAAGUUUGGGAACAAGCAAGCUCCUGUGAGGAUUGAAGGCUUCAAUUGUCGCGGCAACUGCGGCAUCUCAGCUGUAGCUUAGGUAAAUCUACUGACACAGAGAUGUUGGAUGUUGAAUAACCAACAUCGUAAAGGAUUUUAGAUAAAAAGAAGAGAUUUUUGGGGAAAGGCGCAAGAAACCUACACUAAAUUCAUUUAGCAUUGUAUAUAUAGAGUGACAGAAAGAGAGUUUAGUCCAAUUUGCUGAUGAGUUUUGUUCUCUAAAUCAUUCAAAUCCAGUAAUGUGUAAAUUGUGAGAAAAGGGGGUGAAUGAGUGUUUUAUGUCCAAAAGAAUAAAACUGUAAUAGUAGCCCCAAAGAAAGAGGUAAGACUUUGGGAGUGACUAGGUUUCCUUUAUAGCAUUUAGAACAUGAUAUGAGUUGAAAGUACUUAUUGUAGCAUGAAGACUCAAAGAGGGAGGAGUUUCUUCCUUCAUUGUAAUAUUAAUCUGAAUGGGAAAAGAUGGUCUUCUUAGUUCUUACAAA